AUGGACUUUUUACGGCUUUUAUACAUAAUUUUUUUAAUGAAAUGUGUCCACACAUUUCGUACGUAUACAAAACAAGAUUUAAACAGUUUAAGAAAUGAAGUUAAAGACAUGUUUUAUCAUGCUUAUAACAGUUACUUGAAUUAUGCUUAUCCUUAUGAUGAAUUGAGGCCUAUAAGUUGUGAUGGGGUGGACACUUACGGAAGCUACUCUCUAACACUAAUAGAUGCGUUAGAUACAUUGGCAAUAAUGGGAAACUACUCAGAAUUCCAAAGAGUCGUUGAUAUUUUGAUGACAAAAAAAGAUUUUGAUGCAAACAUUAAUGUUUCGGUUUUUGAAACUAAUAUAAGAAUUGUAGGAGGGUUACUAAGUGCUCAUUUACUAUCUCACAGAGCCGGCAUAGACCUUGAACCUGGCUGGCCCUGUAAUGGGCCUUUACUAAGACUAGCUGAAGAUGUCGCAAAACGUCUAGUAGUAGCUUUUGACUCUAAAACAGGAAUGCCAUAUGGAACUGUAAAUUUACAUUCAGGGGUACCACAAGGAGAGACUACAGUCACUUGCACUGCAGGGGUAGGGACUUUUAUACUGGAAUUUGGAACACUCAGUAGACUCACUGGAGACCCACUCUAUGAAGAAGUUGCUAUCAAUGCCCUGUAUGCUCUUUAUAACCAUAAAUCCCAAUUAGGUCUGUUUGGAAACCACAUUGACAUUGAUACAGGCAGAUGGACAGCCCAAGAUGCUGGCAUUGGCUCUGGUGUGGACUCGUUUUUUGAGUAUCUACUUAAAGGUUCCAUACUUUUUCAAAAACCAGAGCUGUUUGAAAUGUUUUUGGACGUGAAAAAAUCGAUUGACAAGCAUUUAAAAAAGGAGGAUUGGUACAUGUGGGUGACGAUGAAUAAAGGGCAAGUAACUUUGCCUGUAUUUCAGUCUCUGGAAGCAUAUUGGCCAGGUGUAUUAAGUUUGAUGGGUGAGACCUCAAGUGCUAUGAAAACGUUACAUAAUUACCACCAAGUGUGGUGGCAGUAUGGUUUCACCCCGGAAUUUUACUAUAUUCCGCAAUCUGAGGCCGGAAAUAAUAGAGAAAACUAUCCCAUGAGACCCGAACUUAUCGAAUCGAUAAUGUAUUUACAUAGAGCGACUGGAGAUCCAUUUUUACUACAAGCAGGAGAAGAUAUCCUGCGCAGCAUACAGCAUAGCGCCAAAACGCCUUGCGGGUAUGCAACCAUCAAAGACGUCAGGGAUCACAGAAAAGAGGACAGAAUGGAGUCGUUUUUCCUGGCUGAAACGACGAAAUAUUUGUAUUUGUUGUUCGAUACCGAUAAUUUCAUCCACAAUCAAGGAGAUCAUGGAAAAAUCAUAGAAACGCCAAACGGUGAAUGUGUCAUAGAAGCAGGGGGUUACAUUUUCAACACCGAGGCUCACCCCAUUGACCCCAGCGCCCUGAAAUGUUGCCAAAUCGACGAUUCCUCAAAAUUGUAUGACAUGAAAGGUAUAAAUGAGAAUAGAGACUUGUUCCGGGGUCAAAUUUUGGAAGAGAAACCAGUGAUUGUGAGUGCCGAAGAAAACUUCACCUACGAUGAAAAUAUCACGGUGGAAAUCACCGGCGCGGCCGUCAUAACAACGGAGUCAACCAGCUCGUACAUGAAGUUGGAAGAUAACGAUAACAUAAGCAAGAAGAUAAGCCAAGACGAGGAUUUCGACGAAAAUUUGAACAUUCUGAACGAGACGGAGGAAGUGAGUCUGCCGGAAAUGCUGAACCAACUUCUGCAAACCGCGAGUAAAAAGUUCGAUCCGCAAGAAAUGCUGGAGCGGCUGAGGAGGGAGAAUAAAUUUCCCAGGAACGACACUUGGACGAGGAGUUACGAGAAAAUGCAGUGCCAGGCGCAACCCUUUUUGCAGAGAUUGUCCAUAUGGGGCGAAUUUUUUGAUAAGUGA